UAUGAAAAUUGAGUAAAUUAUCCAAAUGCAUUCAUUAAGUUUUAUGUAGGCAACUAUGUGUUGUCAACUGAAAGUAAACUCUUAUUUGUGUAUAUAAAUUGUGUUAAAUAAUAUAUCUGCUUACAAAUAUUAAAUCUCCAACUGAAAUAUGAAGUUUAAAAAUAUGCACUGCUCUAACAGCACACAAACUGUACUAUAGAGGAAAAACACAAUUAACCACCGUGUAACGCAUUGCAGACAAUUGUUUUUUAAAAAACAACCAGUGGCAAAAGAUGGCAAAUUAUCGUAGCGUAAGCUUCCAUGAUUUGUGUCGUGUCUGCACGGCACAUGCAGAACAACGUAUUUAUAUAUUUUCCGCCGAUGGGAAGAGCAGAAAUCUCUGCUCUAAAAUCGCCGAUUGUCUGUCAUUGCUGGUGGACGAGAAAGACCGCCUUCCAAAGGUUGUUUGUACAACAUGCAUUGACCAGCUGGAGGAGAUAUAUAAAUUUCGAAAUACUUGCAAGAACUCACAAAAUAUGCUAAACGAUUGCUUAAAGCAGGCUACCCAGCACAAUGGUGGUAAAGUUUACAUUAAAGAUGCUAUAGCUGUAAACAGUGGCAAGAGUCUCAGUGUUAUAGACAACGUUAAUGUAGCAAAUGCUCGCCGAAAUGGUCACAAUCAAUCCGUAUCGGAUAAAAAAAUACCACAAUUUCCUGUAGCGACUUGUCAGGCGUUGCCUCAGCAAAAUAGUUCUAACAAAGCCACAAUAUCAAAUAACAAUAAUGAUAUACUCAACACAAUUAUGCAGUCGAUAGGCAUACAGCAAGUUGUGGAUUCUAGUCAAGCUGAAAAGCCCCUAAUGCAGGAGUACACUAUAACUAUGGAUAGCAAGGGGGCAUUGAAAGCUGAACAAUUACAGUACAAAUCCGAAAAUUUACCAGUUUCCCAAAGUUUGCUGAAUGUGCAGACUCAGCAACAAAAACAAGGCUCUUCCGUUGAUUCAGACCACAAGACACUUGCUGAAUUUCUUAAAUUGAAACCGAACAUUAAAGUUACUCCCAUUGGCAAGAAUAACGCAAAGAAAAUAGAAGAACUACAACCACAGCAGCAAGAUCAACAAUUACAGGUGCUGCAGCAGUCACAACAGCUGCAAUUCCAACCGUCACAACUCCAGCAGAUCAUACAGCAACAAGAGCAGCAUGUUCAAGUGCAACAGCAGAACCAACUCGUAACUCAGCCCGCAACUUCUGCUGCUACCAUACAAUUGCAGCAAUUGCAACAACAGCUGCAACAAUUUCAAUUCCAGCAGCAGCUACAGCAACAACUACAACAAAUAACAUCCCAAUUACAGCCACAUCAGACAAUCACAUUUAGUGCGCCAUCUACUCCUAGCGAUGAAAACAGCCCAAGCAAAAAUAAAAAGCCUAAACUGAAUUUUGUACUCACGUCACCCACUUCACAGACACUCACUGCGACAUUGCCGCAACUAGCCAUGACAGCUAGUGGACAGCAACCACAAAUUCAACUACAAUUACAAACACCGCCAGCUCAGCCUCAGGCGGCUGCAGCUACGAUUUUAUCGAAUUUGGCGCCACUUUUACAGCAACAGCAACAACCGCAACCAGCUAACAACUCGGCGAAUAUUCUGCAAACUCCAACAGCAGCAACCACGCUUAUGUCAUCGCCGAAUAAAUGCUAUCUACCCAUUACAAUUAAAGAUGAAAACUCGGAUCAGCAAAUUGUGGCACAUAUAGAUGCUAAAAAUUUUAUGCUGCCUACAACCUAUCAAUUGCAAAUGAAGCUACAACCCCAGAUCGCCACUGUGGAUGGGCAGCCUAUCAUGCAAUUGACGCCCACUUCUAUACCUGCAACUCUACAGUUAGCCACAUCGGGGCUAAAUAAUCAAGCAUUCCAAGCGAUAGCGGGUAGUAAUGUGCUGCAAUCGCUGCCGGCGGCAAUGCAGUCACAACAACAGCAACAGGUGCAACAAGCUACGUUGCUGCAACAAACGGCAAUGAAACCAAUGGCACAAGUUACUUCGCAACAAAUAAUUCGUACUGGAGCAAAUAAUUCCUGCACCAAUGACGCUGCAACUUCCACGAAUGAUCAAACAGAAGAUUUUGUCCCGAAUAAUUUGGAUAGCGGCACACAGUUGUCCAAACAGUUUGAUCAAAAGAUAAUAAAGCAACAAAAAUACAGGUUAACGCAGCAGGUUGGCACUGGGGCAAUUGAAAUAACGCCAACAACGAAUUUUACCCAGCAAAUUAUGCAGCAAGUGCAACAGCAGCAGCAAAGACAACAACUGCACCAACAGGAACAACAAAAACAACAGCAACAAAUGCAGCAUAAACAACGUCAGCAACAGCUUCAACAACAACAACAACAAGCGCAGCAAAAACAACGUCAGCAACAACAGGACCAACAGCUGGUACAACAAAAGCCACUCCAGGAAGUGGCAACAUCAUUAGCGGCACAACAGCACGGUGGCAUAACGGUUCAUCGGAUAACAAACAAAUCAACAAUGAAGCCACAGCAACAACAGCAACAGCAACCGCCCAUUCUGCAACAACAGCAACAACAACAACAACAAUCAGUACCAAAUGCAUUAAUGCAAACGAAGAUACCGAUGUUACAGAAAAAGGAUGUGACCAUCAGUCGCAUAAGUAGUACAGCGCAGACACAAGAGCAACAACAGCAGCAGCAACAAGCACUACUAAAACUUUUGCCCACAACCACACUGGACGUGAAACCGAAAAAAGCUGCUGUCACGGCGAUACAAAUACAGCAACAACUAUCACAGUUGCAGGCACCUCAACAGGAGUCGCAAUCACAAAAUGCUACAUCCUCUCAAAAUACGACGCGAAAACCAGGCAAGCCAUUGUCAACUACACCGCAGCAGCAACAACAACAACCUGAGCUCUUGAAUACGUCUUGCGAUAUACCUACAAUAACUGUGGCUUCUCAGCAACAACAACCCGUCAUAAACACUAUCGAAACAGAUGAUGCGAAAUCGAAGCCUGAUAACGUCGUUGCCUAUGGCAUUGGUCCAAACGGUCUUGAAUGUAGUCAAUGUGGGCGUGUCUUUAAGAAAAAAGAGCAUCUAACCCAACACAUAAAAUUACAUGCCGGUCUGCGACCCUUCAAGUGCAAGGAAGAGCAAUGCGGCAAAGCAUUCAGCCGAAAGGAGCAUCUCAUGCGCCAUGAAAUCUCACAUUCGGGUCGAAAGCUAUUCAGCUGCGAUAUUUGUCAUAAACCAUUUUCGCGUAAAGAUAAUCUCAAUAAGCAUAAAAAAAUUCAUACGCAGAAUUCAAAUGUCUAUAACUGUGAGAUAUGCAACAAGCAAUUCGCGGUGAGAGCGUAUUAUGAAGAGCAUAAGCAAUUGCAUGAGGGUUCAGAGUCUGCGGGUAUUGCUGAUACAAAUUUAAAAGAUGAAAAAACAACGAAUACACAAAAUACUACCAACGCAUCUACUGAUUUAGGAAAUACGCAAGAAGUUAGUGGGUUACAACAAGAAGCACAAUUGGAACAGCAGCAACAGCAACCUCAACAGCAGCCAUUAUCACAGUCCACAAUGGCCGUUAUGCCGCCGUCUUUAAUGUCAACAAAUCAACCUCAAAUACAAAUUGUACAACAUCAAGGGGGCAAUCCACAAUUUCAGCAGUCGCAACCACAGCAACAACAUAUAAUGCAAUUACAGCUGCCAACAGUUGUAAGUACACAAGAUUUGGCGGGUAACACUAUAACGAUAACACAAUCACAUGAUCCCACGCUGAAAGCGACAAUCGGAGGACAUGAUGCGACGGUAUUAAAUCUUCCUUCAACUCUGGCCAAUCUCAUGCAGCUGAGUCACGCACAGUUUGUGAACCCGGCUACGGGUCAAAUAAUGGGUCAUAUAAAAAUUGAGAAAUGAUUACAAUUACAAGACUUUUAAAAGAUCAUCCCACACACACACACACACACAAAUACACCCAUACACAUACUUUAUAAUUUAGAUGUAUGCUACAUUUAAUUUUAAUGAAUUUUACUCUACUUACAUCACAUUCAAAAUGUACAGAUCAAACAUAGUUACAUAAGCGCAUAAACAGUGUUUAAAUGCGUACAAGCAAUCGAUUUAAGUUUAAGUAGAUUUAUUUUACCGAAUUGUUGAAAACUUUUGUGGAAUAUUUACGUUAGCUAGUAUUUAUUUAAAUUGCCCUUUUCAUUUAAUUUUCAAUGAGAUUGAAUAUAGAUUUUUGAAAUAUCACGCAAAGUAUUCUCAUGCUUAAUUUUUGUGUAGUUUCCACUAGUCAUAGAAAUACUAUAUUUUUAUUUUCACAUUAGAUUGCAAUGAUCUCUCUUUCUUUACAGAAAGAUUUUCUAGUUUGAAAUGCAGAUACAUUGUGAAUACAAAAAUACAUAUUUACCAGUAAUGGGCGUAUGUAUCUCAAAAUUUUUUAAACAGCGUCUUGUAUAUACCAACAUAUUCAAAUCAAAAUGCCAUAAAAGAUAUUUAGAAUGUAAGCACACUCAUUUAAUUAAAUGAAUUUUGU